UGCAUUAGAUUUAUUUUUAUUUUUAUUGUUGCAUCAAACUAAGAUUUUACCCUCAAUUGCUUUUUGCAGUGAGCUGAAUACUUCUCUCUUUUAGCAACCACAAGUUUCCUGAUCAUGCAUAUAUUUGGCUGUAGCUAUAAGAACGUUUGCUUUUAUUUUAAUUUUUCAAAUAGCCUUCGCUUGACCCGCAGUAUAUUUUGACUGGGAGGACGACAAAUCCAUUUUCCUGCUAAAAAGAAGCUUGAAAUGAGCUUGAAAACGAUGCUCAAAAUACCGGUUUCGUUAGAAAACUUACUCUGAAGUUCUCUUUAUGGCGUUUCAGAAUGACAGACUCUAACUUGAGGAACAGAAGCAGCCAUGGGAUCUACUUUGCCGAAGCUUUCAAUGGCUCUGUCUUGGACCAAGUAUUUCCAAACGACAGCAUCACGACAUGCAGGAACUUCACAAUGGACUCUCAGGUUGUCGGGGUCGGAAUCUUUCUCUCUGCUUUUAUUUUGGUGGCAAUUAUUGGGAACAUUUUGGUUAUUCUGUCUGUGGUGUACAAUAAACAUUUGCAGACUGUCACAAACUUCUUCAUUGUGAACUUAGCUAUUGCAGACCUGCUGUUGAGCACCAUCGUGCUCCCCUUCUCCGCAUCUCUAGAGGUUAUGGGGUGCUGGGUGUUUGGCCGCGCUUUCUGCAACAUCUGGGCAGCGGUGGAUGUGCUCUGCUGCACCGCGUCCAUCCUCAGCCUCUGCAUCAUCUCCAUCGACCGGUACAUAGGGGUAAAAUACUGCCUUAAAUACCCAAGUAUUAUGACAGAGAGGAAGGCGAUAGCUAUUUUAGUCCUAGUCUGGGUAUCGUCUACGGUCAUAUCUGUCGGACCGCUCCUGGGAUGGAAGGAACCCCCGCCUGUGGACGACAGCAUCUGCAGGAUCACAGAGGAGCCAGGUUACGCGCUCUUCUCCUCUCUGUUUUCUUUCUACCUUCCGCUCCUGGUUAUUCUUAUCAUGUACUUCAGGGUCUAUGUGGUGGCCCGCAGAACUACUAAGAACCUGGAAGCGGGCGUCAAGCGGGAGAGAAAUAAGUCGAUGGAAGUGGUCCUCCGGAUACACUGUCGCAGCGUGCUGGAGGACGCGCGUCAGUCCAGCUCUAAGAGCAACAAAAACCACGCGUUCCGAAGUUCGCUCUCAGUCCGGCUGUUGAAGUUCUCCAGGGAGAAAAAGGCUGCGAAAACCCUGGCCAUCGUUGUGGGGAUGUUCAUCCUCUGUUGGCUCCCCUUCUUCUUCUUUCUACCGAUUGGUUCCUUCUUCCCAGCACUGAAGCCAUCUGAAACUGUGUUCAAGGUGAUCUUUUGGCUAGGCUACUUCAAUAGCUGCAUCAAUCCCAUGAUCUACCCCUGCUCCAGCAAAGAGUUCCAGCGGGCUUUCAUUCGACUCCUUAGAUGCCAGUGCCACCAGAGACGGCGGGUCCUGCGUCGCUUCUAUGACCAGAGGUGGCGAACGGCUGUCAAGGGAAUGACAAGGGAUCAGAGAGCAGACUCUAAUCCUGGCUAUGCUGUGCAUGAAUCCUGUGGCAGCACUGUUUUAAACAAAAGGAAAGGGUGCUCGCUUGGUUUGAAGAGAUGGAGUCUGUUUCCACCCCUACAGAAAUCCUCCUUCCAGCUCAAAGAGAAAGUGAACAAUCUGUCAAAUAAAAUCAAGGGAGGGCCAGGAAAAGGUACCACACCUGCAGUGGGCCGGAUUGAUAUAGUAGACACAGUGUCUAUGGGGAUUUACAACUCCUGUGAGCAGAACAGUUACCAGUUCUAUGAUCUGGCUGACUGCUAUGGUCUGAAAGAGACUGACCUUUAGAGAGCCACUGAGAAACUUUUAUUUAUUUUACAAAGGAACAUAUUGGACCAACAUACAAGAAAGACUAUGACAGGGCAUAAUUUCAUGUUCAUAGAACAUCUGAGUAUGGACUGAAAGGGAUGGCUUGACCUGAGCACAAAAAGGACUAAACCUUUAUCUCAAUCUCCCUGACCGUCAUGUUUAUUUAGAUGAACAAUCUUCUGAACUGCUGAAAGCCACAUUUUGGAAGUGGACACAAUUUGUUGGACUUUAUUUUACUGCUGUCACUUGCAAGCAGUGUGCAUCGACAUUACAGAGCUCAUAGUUGACAGGUGUACACACUGUGUGAUGACUCCCAGUGAACAAUGACUGUGGUGUUCAAUACUGAGCUGAUUUGAGACAAAACUCGUACAGCUGUAUGGACCAAAACGAAUGAUGAAUGUUUUGACACACUAACAGGGCAAAGUUAGUCAUAAGUAAAUUUUUUAUUGUUGCCAGAAUGUCUGGCUUUACUCAAAUGUGAUAUGUGAAAAUGAAUUAUGAUGCUUCAUCUGCCAGUUUUCUGUUUUGACAAGAGUACAGCUAAGAAUGAUGCUGCACAGCAUUUAUUCCAAAAGUCGGACUGACACGUUAACUCGGCAUUGUUAUGCACGCUUUGUUUCAAUAAAAACCCAUGAGUCUACUUGACCCACUUUACAGUAAUUUGCAUUGCUCCCAAGUGAGUGCUAAUAACAAGGUACCAUCC